AUGCCCACUCAGGAGCCCCAGAAGAGGUUUCUGGGUUCUCUCAACUCCACCGCCACCCCUCACCUUGGACUGGCCUCCAACCAGACAGGGCCUUGGUGCCUGCAUGUGUCUGUCCCAGAUGGCCUCUUCCUCAGCCUGGGGCUGGUGAGUCUGCUGGAGAAUGUAUUGGUCGUGAUAGCCAUCACCAAAAACCGAAACCUGCACUCCCCCAUGUAUUAUUUCAUCUGCUGUCUGGCCCUGUCUGACCUGAUGGUGAGUGUAAGCAUCGUGCUGGAGACGACCAUCAUCCUGCUGCUGGAGGCAGGCGUCCUGGUGGCCCGCGCCGCUUUAGUGCAGCAGCUGGACGACGUCAUUGACGUCCUCAUCUGCGGGUCCAUGGUGUCCAGUCUCUGCUUCCUGGGCAUCAUCGCCAUAGACCGCUACAUCUCCAUCUUCUAUGCCCUGCGGUAUCACAGCAUCGUGACGCUGCCCCGGGCACGACGGGCCGUUGUGGGCAUCUGGGUGGUCAGCAUCGUCUCCAGCACCCUCUUUAUCACCUACUACAAACACACAGCCGUCCUGCUCUGCCUCAUCACUUUCUUCCUAGCCGUGCUGGCACUCAUGGCAAUUCUGUAUGUCCACAUGCUCACUCGAGCGUACCAGCAUGCUCAGGGCAUCGCCCAGCUCCACAAAAGGCAGCAUUCUAUCCGCCAAGGCUUCUGCCUCAAGGGUGCCGCCACCCUUACUAUCCUUCUGGGGAUUUUCUUCCUGUGCUGGGGCCCCUUCUUCCUGCAUCUCUCCCUCAUCGUCCUCUGCCCCCGGCACCCCACCUGCAGCUGCAUCUUCAAGAACUUCAACCUCUUCCUCAUCCUCAUCCUCCUCAGCUCCACUGUGGAUCCACUUAUCUACGCUUUCCGCAGCCAGGAACUCCGCAUGACACUCAAGGAGGUGCUGCUGUGCUCGUGGUGA